AUGGAGGUGUACGUGGAUAACAUGCUUGUGAAAAGCUGGAAGGCAGAACACCAUAUCCGAGAAUUAGAGAAGGCAUUCCAAGUACUGAGGGAAUACGACAUGAAGCUGAACCCAACGAAUGCCUCCAAUAAUGAAGCUGAGUAUGAAGCACUGAUAGCCAGAAUUAAUCUGGCGUGGGCUUUGAUGGUACAAGAGUUGGUGGUGCACCGUGACUCGCAGAUCGUGGUGCAACAAGUGAAUGGAGACUAUGAAAUGAAGGAACAAAGGAUAGCCAAAUACUUGAAGGCGGUGAGAGAAAGUGGCAGCCUCCAAGGAGUUCGAGGCACCGAAAGUGCACAAGAGGUGUUACCCAUUGGUGAGAACGGCCCCAGCUUGAUAGAUGCCAUAAUCAAAUACUUGAAGGAAGGAAUGCUUCCCGCAGAUAGGGACGAGGUGAGGAAGGUACGAAUGUGGUCAGCACGGUUCCUAUUGAAGGAUGAGACACUGUACAAUAUAGGGUUCACCACAUCAUACCUUAAGUGCCCGAACCUUGUCGAUGCUGAAUAUGCACUCCGAGAAGUACACGAAGGGAUACGUGGCCAACAUCUAGGAGCUCGGGCCUUGGCCCACAAAGUGUUGAGGCAGGGCCUAUUCUGGCCAACCAUGAGGAAAGAUGCAGAGGAGUUCGUCAAGAGUUCACAAAUUAACUGCAUUCUUACUAGUUUUAUCAUUUUUGUUGGUAGAACACUUUCCUACUAUUUGGUGGUGGUGGUGGCAUCACAAAUAGAUUAUUUUUCGUUCACAUGGGAAGGUUGGUUUAUUUCAUAUCUUUUCUCUCUCCUUUGGUACCAUUUGGCCAUGGAAGGAGGAACGUUGUCGGAAAUCUACCAGAACUCGAAGAGGUUGUUAUUGAGGACGAGAGAUGGAUUGGAGAAGCUCGAACGUUUGGAAUUCGCUUCAUCCUCGAAUGGCCUCGAUUCUCCUGAACUCUCUUUCUCUAUCAAGAAAGACAUCGGUCAGAUCCAAUCCCUCUGUGUCGAGAUGGAUCGCCUCUGGAGAUCUGUCGCUUCCAAACCCCAACGUGAUCUCUGGAAGCGAAAAGUGGAACAGGUAGCUGAAGAAGCUGACUCGUUGAAGGAAAGCCUUGAUAAGCAUUUACUGCGCCAUCAGAAAAGGAUGCAGGAGGUUAAAGAGAGGGCACAACUACUUGAGAGAGCUAAUGGGGACUCUGAUUAUGUAUUGAGAAUCUUUGAUGAUGAAACACGAGCAAUUGAAGCAGCCCAUAACUCAUCCAAGAUGCUUGAAGAAGCUUAUUCUACUGGAGUGGCCAUUCUCUCUAAAUAUGCAGAGCAAAGGGACAGCUUGAAGAGAGCACAACGGAAAGCACUGGACAUCCUCAACACAGUUGGGCUCUCAAACUCAGUAUUGAAGCUAAUUGAGAAGCGGAACCGCCUUGACAGAUGGAUUAAAUACACAGGGAUGGUAGUAACAGUAAUUGUCGUGUAUGCCUUCUGGAGCUGGACACGUUGAACCACAAUACAUGUAUUCAAAACUGUGCAUCAUUGUAGCUAUAGAAGAAUCGAGUUUUCCUCUUCUUGUAAGAUCGUUGGACAUUAAUUCGGAUUUUCUUUUUCUUGAUUUCA